CUGGCUGGCUGGGACUUGCUUGACUCAGGGCCACCAAUGCUGUCUCUAGCUUGGUCCCAGACUGUUUGCUUUUCCUGCCCUAGUUCCAGAGAAGCUGGUGGGUCUGGAGCCCUGAGGUGGCCCCUGUUCUACAAGUAUAAACAAGAAGGAUGGGAACCACAUUCUUCCUGAGCUGUUCUCUGAGGAAGGAGUUGAUCUCCACACCCAGACUCCUUUCUCACCAGCUGAAGAGCAGGGAGAGCCCCUAUCCCUGCAUGCCAACCCACAGGCCUCAUCUCUGGUCACCCAGCUCCACGGGUGGAGGCAGCCUAGACACGGCUUUGAAGAACUGUUUUAUGUGAAAGCCACUCCCCUUCAGGGUUGCGAUGGGGCCUGAGGUACUCUUCUGAGAUUGCCCAGGGCUCCAGUUCAGACUGGGCAUUCCUGUCGUACUGGCACGGGGAAGGUUGCGAAAGGCCCCACGACAACGCGAUGCCCGCUCCACUGUCCACUGCUGUUUGGGGGGCCACGGUCUGCUGACCUGCUCAGCUUACGACAGCAAGCUGUGUUAGGAACCCCCUCCCUCUAAAUUAGGACUGGUUGGGAGAGUGGGGCUUCAGGGAGCCUAUGGCUAACUGCAGGUGUCACUGGCUCCAGCAUUGGCCUAAGGUGUCUCACUUCCUGGGCAGGUGGCUGGGUCAGCAGUGGGUGUGGGGCUUGGGUGGAGCGGAGGAGUCUGUGGGAGGGGUUUGAGAGGAAUGUGUGGCCAGUUGGUUCACCUUGGCUCUGGGUUUAAAGCUGACAGUUGUUGGUCCUGUGGCUACUGCCCCAUCACUCCUGUUCCUGUGGACUUGGUCUCAUGGCUCUGGCAAAGGUGGCAGGGACAUGCCUGCUCACUGUACGUGUCCUCCAGGCUAAUGGCUUGCCUUCCAAGGACCUAGUGACAUCCUCUGAUUGCUAUGUGACUCUGAGCCUGCCCACGGCCUCCAGCCACACGCUCCAGACACGCACAGUCAAGAACAGCAGAAACCCUGUCUGGAAUCAGAACUUCCACUUCCGGAUCCACAGGCAGCUCAAGAAUGUUGUGGAACUGAAAGUCUUUGACCAGGACCUAGUGACCAAAGAUGACCCUGUGCUGUCAGUGCUGUUUGACGUGGGGACUCUGCGAGCUGGGGAGUCUCGGCGCCAGAGUUUCUCACUGAGCACUCAGGAGGACGGAUGCCUGGAAGUUGAAUUUCGGCUGCAGACUCUGACAGGCCGUGAGGAACAGCUCGUCAGCAAUGGCAUCCUAGUGGCUCGGGAGCUCUCCCAUUUGCAUGUUCAGCUGAAGAAGACAGGAGACCCAGGGGGGUCAGACAACAGAGUUCAGCUUGUGGUUUCUGGGGCCUGUGAGGGCCCACAGGAUGCCUCUGUGGGCACCGGGUCUUUCCUCUUCCAUUACCCAACCUGCUGGGAGCAAGAGCUGAGUGUUCAUCUGCAGGAUGACCCCCACGAGCAACUGAAGGUACCACUACGCGCAGUACCCUCUUCGCAGUUGGUGAGACUCGUCUUCCCCACGUGCCAGGAGCCACUGAUGAGGCUGGAACUGAAGAAGGAAGAAGGACCAAAGGAGCUGGCUGUGCGGCUGGGCUGUGGGCUCUGCCCCGAGGAGCAGGCCUUCCUGAGCAGGAGGAAGCGGGUGGUGGCCGCCGCCCUGAAAAAGGCCUUACAGCUGGACCAAGACUUGCAAGAGGAUGAGGUCCCCGUGAUUGCUGUUAUGGCCACUGGUGGUGGCAUCCGGGCCAUGACUUCUUUAUACGGGCAGCUGGCUGGCCUGAGGGAGCUUGGUCUCCUGGAUUGCAUCUCCUACAUCACUGGAGCCUCAGGAUCCACCUGGGCAUUGGCCAACCUCUAUGAGGACCCAGAGUGGUCUCAGAAGGACCUGGCAGGGCCCACCGAGUUGCUAAAGACCCAGGUGACAAAGAGCAAACUGGGUGCAUUGGCCCCCAGACAGCUGUGGAGGUACCGGCAGGAGCUGGCUGAGCGUACCCGUCUGGGCCACCCAACCUGCUUCACCAACUUGUGGGCCCUCAUCAAUGAGGCCUUGCUGCAUGAUGAGCCCCAUGAACACAAACUCUCAGAUCAGCGGGAGGCUCUGAGUCGAGGCCAGAACCCUCUGCCUAUCUACUGUGCCCUCAACAGCAAGGAGCGGGGCCUGACCACCUUUGAAUUUGGGGAAUGGUGUGAGUUCUCUCCCUAUGAAGUUGGCUUUCCCAAGUAUGGGGCCUUCAUCCCCUCUGAGCUCUUUGGCUCCGAGUUCUUCAUGGGGCGACUGGUGAAGCAGCUCCCUGAGUCCCGCAUAUGCUUCCUGGAAGGUAUCUGGAGCAACCUGUUUGCAGCCAGCCUCCAAGACAGCUUGUACUGGGCCUCUGAACCCAGCCAGUUCUGGGACUGCUGGUCCCAGGAUCAGGCCAGCCUGGACAAAGAGCGGGUCCCCCAUCUGAAGAUCACAGAACCACCGAAAACAGCUGGCAGGAUCGCCGAGUUCUUCACCGAUCUCCUGACAAAGCGGCCGCUUGCCCAGGCCACCCACAAUUUCAUGCGGGGCCUCCAUUUCCACAAGGACUAUUUCCAUCACCCUCACUUCUCCACCUGGAAAGCUACCAAACUGGAUGGAUUCCCCAACCAGCUGACACCCAUGGAGCCCCACCUCUGCCUCCUGGAUGUUGGCUACUUCAUCAAUACUAGCUGCCCACCCCUCCUGAAGCCAACACGGGAUGUGGACCUCAUCUUGUCACUGGAUUAUAACCUCCAUGGAGCCUUUCAGCAGCUGCAGCUUGUGAGCCGGUUCUGCCAGGAGCAGGGCAUCCCCUUCCCACCCAUCUCUCCCAGCCCCGAGGAGCAGCGCCAACCUCAGGAGUGCCAUGUGUUCUGUGACCCCACGCAGCCCGAGGCCCCAGCUGUACUGCACUUCCCUCUGGUUAAUGACUCCUUCCAGGACCACUCGGCCCCUGGGGUGCCACGGACAGUGGAGGAGAAGGCUGCUGGGAAGGUGAACCUGUCAUCCUCUGAUUCCCCAUACCACUACACAAAAGUGACCUACAGCCAGGAGGAUGUGGACAAGUUGUUACGCCUUACACAUUACAACAUCUGCAACAACCAGGAACGGUUGCGGGAAGCCCUGCACCAGGCCGUGCAGCGGCGGAGACGGCGCAAACAGUGCAGGCCUGAGUGAUGGCCCAGAUACCUGGCGGGAUUCCUACCUGGGAACCUUUGACCUUCCAUUCCACUCCUUCCCUUUCUGCUUUGAGUUGAAGACCAGUGUCACCAAGUGCUGCUCCAGAGCCCAAUUCUGCAAGGAUGUGUGUCUGGAAUCUCCAGAGGUGACACUAAGCCUGUCAGCAGCCUGUAUGAGAGUCUAGGCUGCAAGCAGAGUUGCUAGGCCAUCAUUCAGUACUUAGGGGUGGCCUAGCUCACCCCUAGGAAGGACUCAUCAUGGGACAGUGUUGGUGCAUGACAGGGACAAUGUGUCAUGUUACAGGGGCUCUUAUAAAUGGGAGGCGCUUGGGUGGCGCUGUCCCAAGAUUA